UUUAUUUAAUUUUUUCUUGGGGGGGCUUGAUUUGGGUCACUGGGUUCAUUAUGUUGUAUGGAGUGGUGUGUUUUAAUGGUCUAUAGAGUUUAUUUGGUGAGAAUUAGGGUUUUGUUGCUAAUUUGAAUUUAACUCCUUUGGUUUUAUUUGGAUGGAUUAGGGUUUCGGGGGAUAACUCGAAUUUUUAGGGUUUUGCCUAAAAAUUUGGGGUUCUUCUUGGGUUAUUUUUGAUGUCUGGUUCAAUAGCAAAAAGAAAGUUGAUUACUUUUCGCUUUUGCUUAGAUAAGGUGCAAAAGACUAGAGACGAGUUCAAGAAAUUUUACAUUUUAGCUUUCUGUAGGCCAUAACGUGAUUGAGUUUUCUUUUAUUCAACAUAACUGCGAGUGGUUUAGGAACUCUGAUAUUAAAACUAUUGAUUUGUAAUUCGGCAAUUCGAAUUUAAGACCAGUUGCAUAAUAGAGAGUGGAGGCAGGUAUUGCACAACUUUGUUCAUGUUAUCCGUACAUUACCGAGUAGGUUAUCAUCAUUCAGUGAUGCUGGCCACCCAGCUUUGUUGGUCAUGUAACCAAAUUUUAACAGGAUAUAGUUAUUUUUUUUAAUAUUCUAAUUGAAAUGUUGAUAAAUGUUAUGAGAGAUUAUCUGCAGUUGAACUGUUUUGCAGGACCAUAAUAUGCUUUGGGAAAUUUUUUUGUAGGCUAUGUUUGGUGGGAAGGAAGGAGAGAUACAUAACUUAGGGAAGGAGAGUGGGAGAGUAAGCAGAUUAAUCUUCUUUGUUGUGCUUAGAAUGAGAGGAAGAAGAGAAUUUAUCCAAAUAUAGAGUGAUUUGGAAUAUCCAAAAUAAGGUUUUAAAUCCAUUGCCCAAUCCCUUUUCUCCUUAUAUCUUUCCCACAAAAUAAGCACCGUGCUUUCCAUCUGUCCCCUAAUCCCUUACCCCUCCUACGAAACACAUUCUUGCCCACUUUAUGAAAUUAUGUCAAGUUUAGUUUAUUAGUAUAUUACAUAUAGUUUUAUAAUGUUAAUAUCAUUUCAGUGCACAUUUAUUUUCAUAUGUAUAGCUAUUACAAGCUGUAACGUAGCCUGCAGAGUUUCUUCAUUUUAGUUACAUACAUGAUUUACCAAUCUCAAUAAUUUUUUUCUUGUUUAUAGACUUAGUUCCUUGCACGGUUUCCUUUUUCAUUGUUUCCAUUCAUGAAUUUGUUAUAUUAUUCUUUCUUCCGUACUGAAAGGGAUCAUAUUUAAAUGAAAUAAUGAAAUGAAUAACUGUGCAUACACGUGAAAUAAAGAGGGAGAAAGUAUCAAAAAGGUACUGAUGAUGAUCUUCCUCCAUCUCAUCAAAACAGAGUUCCAAGAAAUAGAGUUGCGGGGAAUGGAAGAUCUGCUGUAGGUUCUGUCUCAUACCCUAGGAUGUAUGCUGACAUGGAGACACAAAUUCAUCAUCUUGAGCAGGAAGCGUAUUGUGCAGUCCUACGUGCUUUCAAAGCUCAGUCUGAUGCCCUUACUUGGGAGAAAGAAGGUUUGAUAACAGAACUUAGGAAAGAGUUGAGAGUAUCAGAUGAUGAGCACAGGGAAUUACUUACGAGGGUUAAUGCAGAUGACAUCAUCAGUAAAAUAAGAGAGUGGAGAAAGUCGGGGGGAAAUCAAUCAGUGAGACUCAACCCAUCACAGACUGUUUAUGAUGUUUUACCUAGUCCUACUAUUUUGACAUCCCGCAAGAAACAGAAAAUAUCCCAAACGGGUCUCCAAUUCCCCGGUCUAUCCUCGAUGAAAUCCAUCCAUUCCCCUUCUACGGGACUUGUUGUGAAUAGGUCAUUCCUGAGUCGCAGUUCUUCUGGUGUCCGUGCCACAAAUGAGACUGCUGAAGCUGCUAAUUUUGAUUCAUUUAUUGGGAGGAAAGUAUGGACUAGGUGGCCUGAAGACAAUAGCUUCUAUGAGGCUGUCAUAACUGAUUAUAAUGAUGUGGAGGGCCGGCAUGCUUUGGUCUAUGAUAUAAAUACAGCACAUGAGACUUGGGAGUGGGUUGACCUUAAGGAGAUCCCUCCAGAGGAUAUCCAAUGGGAAGGCGCUGAUCUGGUUAUCUCUCAUGGAGGAAACCAUGACGGCCAUGGGCGUGGUCACAAGAAACCCUCGAAUCGUGGUGGUGCCGUUCCAGGUUCUGGAAGAGGGAGAGGACCCAUUAAGGUGCAGCCAAAGAAAGAUUUCCUCCCGGCACCAAAUGGGAUUGCAAAAAAAGUAUCAGAUGAUAUUGAACUACUUAACACUGAUGCAUUGGUCAAGGAGGUGGAGACUGUUUUCAGUGCAAAUCAUCCUGAUCCUUUUGAGCUUGAAAAGGCGAAGAAAAUGCUGAAAGAACACGAACAAGCAUUGAUUGAUGCCAUUGCGAAGCUUGCAUAUUCAUCUGAUGGUGAAAGUGAUGGAGGGCAUCCAUUUCUAUAUGGUCAAUCGAUGGACAGAGAAUGAUGAAAGGAAAUUCUAGUGUUGAAAAAGUAGUUUCGACCCGAGACUGAAAUCAGGGAAAGGAAGAGUAGCAUUGAAGUUGGUUUUGGGAAAUUGGCUGGGAAUAGAAAAGAAAUUGUUUAUAUGCACCAUUUGACUGAAGUAUUGAUGAAUUGAUGAUGUUGCUAUUGAUAUGUCCAUUUUGUUCUUUUUAAGUUUGUAGAUAUCCAUCUCUGGUGUAAUUCGGUGAAACCCCAAUUUUCCUAUUGAGGGCUAAAGAUUUAGGAGUCAGUAGGGACCUUUUUUUCAAAAAAAUAAAAUAAAAAUCUCUCUAUCAAUAGCGUCUACUUUAAGCAUUGUCAUGGCUUAUUUUGACAAAUUGUUGCGGAUCCCACUUUACUGGACCAAAAGUUUAGGAAGUAUGAAAAAGAAGAAAAAGAAAAA